GUCAUCAUCGGAAAUCUCCAUAGCUUCAAAAUAUUAUGUAGUGCGUGUUUGAAGAAAUAAAUAUUGUUUAAGACGUAUGAUUACCCUGAACAUAAACUGAAGGUGGGAGAAGGAUUAAGAUUUUCAAUAAACUGCAGAUAAUCAGCCCUCGCCAUUCUUUUAAUGUCUGGAAGUGGACAGGUAGUGAGGAGGCGCAUGCGAUAACCUCGUCAAUAACCGUCUACUAGCCUUAUCUAAAACAAACAUAUUAUACGACAUUAAUAAUAUGUAUUUUUACAACGACAAAAAUUUUCCUCUUCAAAAUAUUUUUCAUCGUGGCAUUUCGAUUAUUUUAAAGGAGGGUUCGUCGGGCAGAAUAAGAAGGCCCACGUGAUCUGUUAAACUGGCUUUGGUGAUAAGGCAUAAUCUCCUCAAAGAUAACUGGAAAUUCAUAAUUUAAACAGUUCUACAAUAUUUUCCUUUGUGUUUCAUAUCCAUUAAUUACUUCGUUUUUUAAUUCUUUGAAAAUCGAAUUCAAACCAAAGGAAAAUUUAAUGUGGUAUUCAUAAGACUUCACUGAAGAGCCGGGUAUUUGUGUUUUUUCCCCCUGAAAACUAUACGUUUAUUUCGUGAAAAACACUUCCAUCAUGGAUUACAUGCUAACAGUUUCACUUGUAUUGUCUGUGAUGGUAUCCGUUAGCGGACAUGGGCGAUUGCUGGAUCCGCCCUCCCGUUCUAGUCUGUGGAGAUUCGGACUGAGUCCCGUCACCAAUUACAACGACAACCAACUCUCGUGCGGGGGAUUUGCAAAUCAACACUUGUAUCACCAUGGGAAAUGUGGGGUCUGUGGUGAUCCCUAUCAAGGACCACGUGACAAUGAAGCUGGCGGGAAAUAUGCUAGGGGAAUCAUCGCGCGCCGAUAUGUGGAAGGGCAGACCAUUGAUCUAGUGGUGGAGGUCACCGCUCUGCAUCACGGCUAUUUCGAGUUCAGAAUAUGUCCGAACAACAACGUGUCACGUCCAGUCACUCAGGACUGUUUAGAUAAACAUCUUCUGGUCCUAUCGUCACAUUCAACCAGGUUCAGUGACGUCACUGCUACGGGGAGGUACACGUUUCAAGCUCAACUUCCGGUCGGUUUGACAUGCUCCCAAUGUGUGGUCCAGUGGAAAUGGCAUACAGGAAACAACUUCGGAUAUGCAUCGGACGGUCAUAGUUGUAUUGGCUGUGGACCACAGGAAGAAUUCUACGGCUGCGCAGACGUGGCCAUCAUAUCGAGAACCACGCCUAUUUCUUCGUCACAUUCCGACACGCCCAGACCGGUUGUCAUCACCCGUCCACCACCAAUAGUCACCCGCCCACCACCAAUUGUCACCCGCCCACCACCAAUUGUCACCCGCCCGCCUAUGAAAACCACGACCCUAUCUAAAAUAUCGGCGGGGUUCCCAAUCAACAUAUUCCCAGGCGUACCUACUAACGCUGCGUCCACAACUACCACGACAAAAACAGUGAUGACGACAUCAGAUAGGCCAGCUUCCGGUUGUCGCGCUAUCAAUUUAUGGGUGGGAAAUCCGGUCCUAGAUCAGUGGUGUAUCUCAAACUGUGCCAGAGGAAACUGCCCGCCCUCCGCGUGCGCAUGCUCCUAAGAUGAAUUUUUAUUUUUUUCUGGUUCUAAUUGUCACACAUGUAAUUCUUUCAGAGGAUAAGGCACUCUGCUAAACUUUACAGGUGUUCAAUUAGUUGUAUAUAUUAACAAAUUACAUGGGGAAAAAUACCUUUCUUUCAGACAAUAAUUAAAAUGCUAAUAAGACUGACGUCAUGCUUAAGUAAAGCAGAAAAAAAUGGAAAUAUCAAAAACUGUGUUAAAAUGCACAACAAAUAAAUAUUUUAAGAACA